CAUUGACAUAACUUCAUCUUGACAUCCUCUCAAACUCAACUUCUCAUUUAUUCAUCCUUGCGUCAAACUAUUCCUUUUGAAAAUAAUGCAAAAUUCCAAGUGAAACAAUAAUAAUAUGAGUAUAAGCAUCUCUAAAACUUCACUAUACAGUCAUGCUGAUUCCUUUGAGAACAUUUCUUGCGAAAGUGAUCAACAAGAAGAACUACUUCUUGAGGACUCUUAGCGACAGACCAUUCUCUUUGAGAAAUCGACAAAAAACUCGCGAGCAGAAAGUGAAGAGGAUCCAUAGACUCGGUUUGGCUGGAAUAGCGACGAUACUAUUUUCUUCCUACUACCUCACAAGGAAAAAUAACGAAGAUGUGGAGCUUGGGGAUCUGGAAGAGAAAAAGGCGCUAGGAGAUUUGGUGCCGACUUCCAACAACGUCAAGAUAGCAGAGAGCCUUGGCCAAGAAGAGUCCCUACGCGACAAAUACAACUUCAUCAACAAGGUGGUGAACCGGUGCGCGAACGCUGUGUUCUAUCUGGAGAUUCGUGAUCCGCACAGAAAGGACCUGGAGACGGGAGAGCCGAUGAUAACCUCCAACGGGUCGGGAUUCCUCAUAAGUGACGACGGUUGGGCGUUGACCAAUGCGCAUGUGGUGCUCAACAAACCGCAGUCGACCAUCAGAGCCAUCAUGAGGGAUGGCAGAAGUUACAAGGUGCAAGUGGAGGACGCAGACAUGAGCAUAGACCUGGCCUUAUUGAAACUGGACGCUGUGGAGAAACUACCCAGCUUGCAGUUUGCAACACCAGGUGACACUUCCAUCGGGGAGUGGGUGGUGGCUUUGGGAAGUCCCUUGUCCCUGAGCAAUUCAGUUACAGUCGGAAUUGUGAGUUGUGUGGAUCGUCCUGCUGAAGACCUCGGCCUGAAGAACUAUUCUAUGACGUAUAUCCAAACGGACGCUUCUAUUACUUUCGGAAAUUCUGGUGGACCUCUAGUUAACCUCGACGGUAACGUCAUCGGUAUCAACAAUUUACGAUUGACGUCUGGCAUCUCUUUCGCCAUCCCUGUCGCUUAUGCCAAGAGAUUCUUGGAAAAUGGCAAGCAUCGCAUCAAGGCAAGCAGCACCUCUGUAGGCCCCACAGGCAAACUCUUAUUCGGAAUCACGACCAUCUCUAUUUCACCAGAUAUACUGGGCGACUUACUCAGAGAGAACAAUAAUAUCCCGAAGGACGUGGAACAGGGACUGCUGGUAUGGAAGGUCCUAGCUGGAAGUCCGGCAGCAGAUGGUGGCAUUGAGGUGGGAGAUAUUAUAACGCACAUCAAUGGAGUCCCAGUGAAAGAACCCACUGAUCUUUACAUCCAACCGGAUAGCAGAAAAGUACUAGAGAUCAGAACUAUUCACGAAGGAAAAAGGAAAACAAUACAUCUCAUUUCGAGUACCAGAUAAUGAUAAUUUACACCACAUUAUAUCAUCAUUUAAGUACCCAGUGUUCAAUUUAUUUACGAAUUUAGGUAUCCACACUAUCGCAA